AUGGGGAAAGCAGCGUCAACACCUCCUCUGUUCUUCCAAUCAAAGCUGCUCUGUUUCUCUCUGCUCUAUCUCUCUUCUUCACUCUUCUUCUCUCUCUACAUUUCUCUCUCUAAAACCAAAUGCCUUGUCAGAUAUUCUUCCUUUGAACCUCUCCAAACUCCUCUUUUCUCUUACCCUUCUUCCUACGGAGAACACAAGUACGCAAUCCCAACCGUCCGUUCCACUUGCUCUUCCCCUGUUUUCUUCUCAGAUUAUGGGACGGUUGUGAAGAAAAUUGAAGAUUUGUGUAGAACUUCUUCGUCCUCAGUUUUGAGGUAUUUGGAGGGAAACUAUGACACAUUUGGUGGGAAUUUUACAGCCCACCAGAGAUUUUCAUAUUUCGAUCAUCAAAAUGAUACGACAAGAAUUCCUUGUGGAUUCCUCAAGGAAUUUCCGAUUACUGAUUCAGAUCGAAUUGCAAUGGAAAAUUGCAAAGGAGUUGUCGUGGUAUCGGCAAUCUUCAACGACCACGAUAAGAUUAGACAACCAAGAGGCCUUGGAUCCAAAACACUUCAAAGCGUAUGUUUCUACAUGUUUGUGGACGAUAUCACACUAAAAGGCCUAAAGAACCACAAAUUACUUUCGGAAAAAUCGCGCGAAAAUUCGAUCGGUGCUUGGAGGAUUGUUAGGGUCUCAAGCAAGAAUUUGUAUGAGAAUCCGGCCAUGAAUGGUGUCAUACCAAAAUACUUAGUUCAUAGGCUUUUCCCAAAUGCGAAAUUCAGUAUUUGGAUAGACGCCAAGUUGCAGUUGAUGGUUGAUCCGUUACUUUUGAUUCAUGCACUAGUUGUUUCACAAAAGGCGGACGUGGCAAUAUCAAAACAUCCAUUUUAUGUUCACACCAUGGAAGAAGCAAUAGCAACUGCUAGGUGGAAAAAAUGGUGGGAUGUUGAUGCUUUGAGGAGACAAAUGGAAACAUAUUGUGAGUAUGGAUUGCAGCCUUGGAAUCCCAAUAAGCUUCCAUAUACCUCAGACGUCCCGGAUAGUGCUCUUAUUCUGAGAAAGCAUGACUUGGAGAGCAAUCUUUUCUCUUGCUUAUUGUUCAAUGAGUUGGAAGGUUUCAACCCAAGAGACCAAUUGGCUUUUGCAUACGUGAGAGACAAUAUGAGACCAAAACCAAAGGUGAACAUGUUUGAGGUCGAAGUGUUUGAGAGAAUUGCUGUGGAAUUCAGGCACAACCUGAACCCUGGAGGUGGGACCAAAGGGUCCCAGACUAGAAGGACCAAAAGGGCAAGCUCAGAUUCGAGGUUUGUAAAUGGCAGCUGUCAGAAGUACCUUUUGGAGAUGUGGGGUGAAUCCCAUGAUUGA